AUGGGUGCUUCUAAUGUGCUUCAAAUAGUGCGGAAGUUUGCCAGCUUCGUCGGACCGGGAGUCAUGAUCAGUGUGGCGUACAUGGACCCCGGUAAUUAUUCCACGAGCGUAUCAGGCGGUGCGCAAUUUCGCUAUAAGCUCCUUUUCGCAAUUUUCGUCUCAAAUAUCUUUGCAGUGAUCCUGCAGUGUUUGUGUGUGAAGCUAGGAACUGUUACUGGGCUCGAUUUGGCCGAGAACUGCCGUCGUCACUUGCCUCGCAAGCUCAACUUGGUGAUUUACUUUUUUGCAGAGUUGGCUAUCAUCGCAACAGAUCUCGCGGAAGUGGUCGGCACAGCAGUUGCACUCCAGAUUUUGUUCAAGAUACCUCUGCUGUGGGGUGUUCUGCUUACAGUACUGGACGUCCUGGCGAUUUUGAUUUUCUACCGGCCAGAGGAACACUCCAUGAAGCAAGUGCGCUUUUUCGAAAUGUUCGUCACUACGCUUGUAUCUGCAACCGUCAUAUGCUUUCUGCUGGAGCUCUUCAAGAUCUCAGUCCCACAUAAAGCAGAGCUAUUUAAGGGGUUUUUGCCUUCCAAGAUCGUUUUCGAGAACGAACAAGCCAUGUUUAUUUCGUUAGGAAUACUUGGGGCUACUGUGAUGCCCCACUCGCUAUACCUUGGUUCUUCUCUUGUAAAGCCCAGACUUAACGAGUAUGAUCUGAAAAAGUACGGUAAACUCGGGAGCUCGCCCUCUGUUAGCGCCAUCAAGUACACACUGAACUACUCAUAUGCUGAGCUCAUCAUUUCGCUUUUCAUUAUCGCCACGUUUGUGAACUCAGCAAUCUUAAUAGUUGCUGCUGCGUCUUUGUAUGGACAGCCAGAAGCUGACGACGCAGACCUGACAUCCAUCUACAACCUGCUAACUUAUUAUAUUUCGCCAGCUGCUGGCUUAAUAUUUGCUUUUGCCAUGUUGUUUUCAGGACAGUCAGCGGGCGUUAUUUGUACUAUGGCUGGCCAAAUCGUGUCAGAAGGAUUUUUAAAGUGGACUUUGAAGCCCUGGGUCACACGGUUGGUGACAAGAUUGAUCGCUAUCAUCCCUUGUUUCUUGGUGACGAUAUUCUUGGGCGACCGGGGAAUUUCUGAUAUGCUGAAUUUGAGUCAAGUGAUCCUAUCUUUGAUUUUACCGAUUGUAUCGGCUCCUUUAAUUUAUUUCACCUCUAACAGCAAAAUCAUGACAGUAAUUGACUCAAACGAUGAACUUGACAUGUCGGGGGAGCCAAAUGAGUCCACUGCUUUGAAUGGAAGCGGAGCAGCGAGAGUCAACUACGCGAACGGCAGGUUACUUACGAUGGUCUCGUCAUUAGUAUGGAUUAUCAUCAGUUCUCUCAACUGUUAUCUCGUCAUCUCAUUUAUGUGCGGAGCUGAGGUGCACUUUUGA